AUGGCAAAGCCAAAUGAUAAUAUCAUUAAUUCAACAAAUUUUCAUGGUGGUAUUAUUGCUUCAGCAUUAGCUGAUUUACAAAAAUAUGACAAUGUUUCAUCAUCCGGUAAAAUCGGAACAAAUUCAAUUUCACAAUUUAGAACAAAUCCAAUUCCAGAAUUUACAACACCUCAGCUUACAUCCGUUGACAAUUCUCCUCUGUCAACUUAUCAUGGUAUUAUAGGUACCGCUUUACGAAAUGAAAUUUCAACCACUGCAAAUGGUUAUAUUCCAUCACAAUAUGAACAACAAACAUUUACUACAACCAUUGAUACUUCCAUUAAUUUACCAUUGGAAAAAUUAUUAUCAAAAGAAUCGAUUUCAUUAAAUGAUCAAAAAUCAAUAACAUAUUCAUUUGAUCAUACAUUAAGUACUAAUGAUUCCAUUUUGCAAUCACCACGAUAUACCGGACGACAUAAGGGAAAUGAAAAAGGAAUGAUUAAUAAAUGGUUACAAGAAAUAGCUGAAUCAAAAUCAUCUAAUUUAAAUAAUAGAAAAGAAAUUGCUAAUGUAUUAAUUAGCCCACGUACUGGAAUAUUAGGAUUACUUCUAAAGAAGAAAAAAAAAUCCCGCAAUUUACAAACUUCUCAAUCAGUUAACAGUCUUUCAUCUAAUUCGGAUUAUACAUUAAGCGAUACAAAUUCAAUUAUGAAAGAAUCAUGGAUAACAAGGAGAAAUCGAUUAUUAUCAAAUUCAAAAACUCACGAACAAAAUUACAAUAAGCAAUUAGCAUUGGAUGAUUUUGAUAAUACAAUUAUUGAUCAAACUUCACAACAAUCCAAACAAAAUAUAUUUGCUGAAAAGGAUAAAUCAAGAGAAGAUCAAAGAAUAGAUUAUACGAAAUGGUCAAUUCAAUAUAGUACAUCAAAAGAAUCAAAAAGUUCCACCACUACAUCUAUUGGAUUAUUAGUGGAUGAAGAUGAAUACAAUAAAAAUAUAUCAUCUAAGAUUUUGCUACAUGCAAUGAAACAUGAAUGGUCAAAUGUGGAGCAAAUUUUAAAUGAUGAAGAAAAUCUUGAUCUUACAAUUACAGAUCCAGUAAGUUUAAUCAAAUUAAUUUUGUCAAAUUAA